AUGUCCCUCCUCAUAUGCUUUCCCCCGAGCCGUCACUACUUGAGUUCUGCGUCUCUUCCCAGCGCGGCCGAAGCCCCCGUACCACUCCGGACAAUGGCGGCAGUCGAAGUACUGAAGAUUGGUAAAAAACUCUAUGAGGGUAAAACAAAAGAAGUCUAUGAAUUGUUGGAUAGUCCAGGAAAAGUCCUCCUGCAGUCCAAGGACCAGAUUACAGCAGGAAAUGCAGCCAGAAAGAAUCACCUUGAAGGAAAAGCUGCAAUCUCAAAUAAAAUUACCAGCUGUAUUUUUCAGUUGUUACAGGAAGCAGGUAUCAAAACUGCUUUCACCAGAAAAUGUGGGGAGACAGCUUUCGUUGCACCGAAGUGUGAAAUGAUUCCAAUUGAAUGGGUUUGUAGAAGAAUAGCAACUGGAUCUUUUCUCAAAAGAAAUCCUGGUGUUAAGGAAGGAUAUAAGUUCUACCCACCUAAAGUGGAGAUGUUUUUUAAGGAUGAUGCCAAUAAUGAUCCACAGUGGUCUGAGGAACAGCUAAUUGCUGCAAAUUUUUGCUUUGCUGGACUUGUUAUAGGACAAACUGAAGUGGAUAUCAUGAGUCACGCUACGCAGGCUAUUUUUGAAAUACUGGAGAAAUCCUGGUUGCCCCAGAACUGUACACUAGUUGAUAUGAAGGUUGAAUUUGGGGUUGAUGUAACCACCAGAGAAAUUGUUCUUGCUGAUGUUAUUGAUAAUGAUUCCUGGAGACUCUGGCCGUCAGGAGAUCGAACCCAGCAAAAAGACAAACAGUCAUACCGUGAUCUCAAGGAAGUAACUCCCGAAGGGCUGCAGAUGGUAAAGAAGAAUUUUGAGUGGGUUGCACAAAGAGUGGAGUUGCUUCUGAAACCAGAAAGUCAGUGCAGGGUUAUAGUAUUGAUGGGCUCAACCUCUGAUCUUAAUCACUGUGAAAAAAUUAGGAGGGCUUGUGGAAAUUUUGGCAUUCCAUGUGAACUUAGGGUCACCUCUGCCCAUAAAGGACCAGAUGAAACUCUGAGGAUUAAAGCUGAGUAUGAAGGGGAUGGCAUUCCUACUGUAUUUGUGGCAGUGGCAGGCAGAAGCAAUGGUUUAGGGCCUGUGUUGUCUGGUAACACUGCAUAUCCAGUUAUCAGCUGUCCUCCUCUCACUCCAGACUGGGGAGCUCAGGAUGUGUGGUCUUCUCUUCGAUUACCCAGUGGUCUUGGCUGCCCGACCAUCCUUUCUCCAGAAGGAUCAGCUCAGUUUGCUGCUCAGAUAUUUGGAUUAAAUAACCAUCUGAUCUGGGCCCGACUGCGAGCAAGUGUAUUAAACACAUGGAUUUCCUUGAAGCAGGCUGACAAGAAAAUCAGAGAGGCCAAUUUAUAA